CAACUCGGGGCUGGGUCAUGGCCGGGACUGGUCAGGAGUCCGGUGCAGCCGAGAACGCGGGUUUUGAGGAUUUGAGCGACUCGGAGUUCCCGGACUUUUCGGAGCUAGGAGACAUUGAAGAGCUUGGCUCUUCUUUGGGAAACCCCAGAAAGGAAGUGGACCCACAGGGGCCAUGGAAAUGGAAGCAAGAGGCAGAUGCCCCGACGCCAAUGGAGAGGUUCCACCUCAGGUGCUUGUGGGUCUCCGACCUGUCCACGCAGAGCUGGUGUGAGCAGCAGAUGGUGUACGGGAAGGAGCUUCCAGGCUUCCAGUCGGCAGAGAAGGCUGCUGUGCUGGACGCUGGAAGCAGUGCCCACCUUGCCAGAGAGCUGGAGCUCCAUGACCUUGUGAACAUCCACACCUCCACUAAGGAAGAUGCCUGGGCAGUGAAGCUGCUGAACGUUCUGACUAUGGUACCCAUCCUGCAGUCAGGUGGGACAAUCCGGGAGUUCCCAGUCUUUGGAGAAAUAGAAGGGGUGUUCCUGGUUGGGGUAAUUGACGAGCUACACUACACUUCAAAAGGGGAGCUGGAACUGGUUGAGCUGAAAACUCGCAAACGAGCCAUGAUGCCAGUGGAGGCUCAGAAGGAGAAGGACCGUUUCCAGGUCAGCCUCUACAAAUGUAUCUUUGAUGCCAUGGUGCGGGGGCAGGUGACGUCUGCCAGCCUGGUUCACCACAUGAAGCUUUCCCCAGAGGUGCUGCUGGGGCCCCAGGUACACAGUCACGCCCAACAGGGGGGCUUCACUGUGAAGUCCUUCAGAGAUCUCCUGGAGCUGACUUUCUUGUCCCUGAAUCUGUCUGACCUCCCGGUCAUUGAUGCUCUGAAGAUAGAGUAUAGCCACCAGGAGACGGACACCGUACUGGGCAUGGAGAUGGUGGUCUUUGAGGAGAAACAGGUGAGGGACAAACUUCGACAUCACCUCGGGUACUGGACAGGACUCAGGGAGCCCCAGGGAGUUGACGUGAAGGAGGCAUGGAAGUGCCGGAUGUGCGACUAUGCUGCCAUCUGUGAAUGGAGGCAGAGCGGGGGGAUGAGGACGUUGAGCCAGGAGCAGCGUGCCAAGAAGAUGACUAAGUGAAGGGGACCAGGCCAAGUCAGAGGGCCGGGGAAGACCCAGCGGAGCCAGCCCCCUCCAGUCCAAGAGGAGUCCUCGGCCGUCCCUGACCAAAAGUCCCACGGGAGGGAUUGGUUGGGGAGAAAUUGUGGGCACACGUUCAUUUCUGACCCACAGCACUGCCUGAUUUCUUUGGCUCUGGCUCCUUACAGAUUCAUGAUAUGCGCCUCAGGGAUUAUGAGAAACACAGAUUCCCCCUUUUCUUGGAGAUAAGUAUGAAGGAAGGGUCUGACUCCUCCACCAGAGUGCUACUGCCCUCGUCCUGGAAGGGGCUGCUCCGGGACUGCCCAAGUGGCCUUCUGGGAUGGCAGGGAUAGAGGAGGCCACACCCUAGGGGCAGUUGGACCUUUUUUUUUUGCUUAAAGAAAAUUCUGCUUUUGUAUUCUUCCCCAAUAAAGACUUUAAUUUUUCCAAAGCAGAAGGGCUGGUAGCUCCCCAAUAACCAGCUUUACCGAGGUCACAUGCCAACCCAGGAGCAGGCUCUAGCCACGAGCCAGUACUCCCAAUGUGAUGCUACAAGUGAGGGAUGUCCUUGAGGUGCAGCUGGCCUAGCCCUUCUGCGAUGGCAUCUACUUUUCUUUCAUAAAAACUUACCACUGUCCUUUG